GUUUUGGUUCCUCUGCUAGAAACCAGGUGGCCCUGGUCUGAUCUCACAGCUCGUCCUUGUUUGGCCUCAGCUGCAUCAGAGCGCCACUUCUCCCCAGGUUCACCAGAGGAAACACCACUGCACACAAUGCUUUUCCUCCCAGCUGCUGCUCUGUGCUGGCUGGGUUCAGCGCUGGCUGCCAUGGCAACACAGCUGGUUCAGGACGGUUUAAGUCUGACCAGGAGAACCGGGCAGAGCGUCUCCUUCAGCUGUGGAGGAACUGGACAGUGUGGUUAUGAUGUAGUCUGGUACCAGAAGAAAGAAAGAGAAACAUACAGAGCUAUUCUGUAUAUCUACAUUGGUGGUAUCCCCCAAAAGCAUUUCAAUCAUCCUCAACAAGAUGAUUUCUCAGCUGAGAGAAAUCAGAACGACUGUAAACUGACGAUCAACAAAGUUAAACUGGAUCAUUCAGCCUCUUAUUACUGCCGCUGUUGGAAGUCUGGUUCCCACAGUUGGAUCUUUGGUUCUGGAACCAAACUGUUUGUAACUGAUGAUCCGGUAGUGAAGCCCAGGGUGAGCGUGUACCCAGCAGCAUCCAGCGCCCAGCGGGGCCCGAGGGCCUUCCUGCUGUGUCUGGCCUCAGACAUGUUUCCUCCUGAGGUCCAGAUCUCCUGGAAAAGACUGGAGGACGGUACAGAGAAGGAUCUGACCUCUGGAGAGCAGCUGGAGCUCAGAGAGCCGAACCGCACCGCCUCCCUCUUACUGGUGGAUCGGGAUCCUGUCAGCACAUCUAGAUACCGCUGCUCUGUGCAGCAUGAGGGGGGCCCAGUGGAGGCCCCAGCAACACAAGAGGUUCCUGCGUUGCUCCCAGUGUCCUUCCAGUCUCACUGCAGGGUGAAGCUGCUCUGCCUGCUCUACUCGCUGCUGAUAGUGAAGAGUCUGGUGUACUGCUGUGGCCUCUCUCUGCUGAUGGCCCUCAGGAACAAGGGCCCGGCCCCCAGCUGCAGGGUUUUCUGACUCCAGUGGCCUUUAUUCACAGCUGUGGUAAAGUAGCAGUAAAAUGUGCAGCUGGUGAAUGUCGGCCUCAGUUCUCGCCGCUGCCUGUUCAUCUCAGCUCCGUAUCUUUCUCUCUCUCUCAUAACUCACUUUCCUGUCAGAUCACUGCUGAUUUAUUGUUUUAAAGCUUCUUUACAUUUAAGUCAAACAUUAAGAGAAUAUUUUUAUUCCAGUUUUUCAGAUUUACUAACAGGAUUUCCAUCCAGAUGAUGACUUGUUCCUGUCAGUCUGUGACGUUAUAAUUUUAUACAUUUAUUUAGAUCUUCUCUGAUUAUUUUCUUUCUGCUUCAUAUUUGAUCCUUUGUUGUUAACAGUUUUGUCUUUAUUUCAUUGUAACUCAACUUUGUGUAAAAUCCCUGAUGUUUUUAUUAAAGAGCUGUUUGUGACUAAAUGACUUGAUUCACUGUUUGUUCUUAAAUUGUCCAUCAAACCAGGAGUUUCUGUCCCAACAUGUUUCAUCUCCCUGAGGCUGAUGAGCAACAAGCUGAGAACCAUCAGCUGGACUUUGACUGGACCGUCGGAAUCAAAGACUUUGAUCAGAAACACUUUGAUUCUGUUCAGUUUGAAAAUUUAAACAUUUACUGACAAAAUAAACCAAUUUGGA